UUAUUGUUCAACAUCGAAUGAAUGAAAUAAAUUCGCAUGCGCCAUGCGCGCGCAACUCUACCCAACUGCGCACACCCUUACACGUGAGGGCAGUUAUUUCCGAAGAAUAGCCUAUAUAUGUGCUUGUUACAUGUAACCAGAUUUUUGUACCUGUAAAGAGGUUUAAACCGAGAAGGUUGGAGAAAGUGUGAUGUAUGCACGGCGCGCGCCGUGUCUCGGGGGUGUGGUGAUGCUCGCGCUGUGAACUCGCGCGCACGGGCGCUGAAUACUCGAGCAGUCGGAGAGACGCACUGACACUGAUCACCGGAGAAUCGACGGCAUGGCUUCGUCUCAUGGGAAGAGUGAACUCCGUUAUGCGGACUGGAUGGCAAGUUUACCGGAGAGCUUGCACAGCAUUCCUCUCACCAAUCUCGCAAUACCUGGUUCCCACGACUCCUUCAGUUUCUACAUCGAUGAAGCCUCACCUGUAGGACCCGAACAACCGGAGACGGUGCAGAACUUUGUCUCUGUGUUUGGCACUGUGGCUAAGAAGCUGAUGAGGAAAUGGUUGGCUACACAGACCAUGAACUUCACCAGCCAGCUGGAGGCAGGCGUGCGAUUCUUUGAUCUCCGCAUAUCGACCAAACCCAGAGACCCAGACAACGAGCUCUUCUUUGCACACGGCCUGUUCAGCGCCACCGUGCGUGAAGGCCUGGAGCAGAUCAGCUCGUUCUUGGCCUCGCACGCCCGCGAAGUGGUGUUCCUGGACUUUAACCAUUUCUAUGGAGUACAGAACCUCCAUCAUGAGAAGUUGGUCCAGAUGCUGCGCACCGUCUUCGGCGACCGGCUCUGCCCGGUGGUGUUUGCUCAGGAGGUAAGCCUGAAGUACCUCUGGGAGAAAGAGUAUCAGGUGCUGGUCUUCUAUCACAAUCCAAUGGCUCUGGAGGUUCCUUUCUUAUGGCCGGGUCAGAUGAUGCCAUCGCCUUGGGCCAAUACUACAGAUCCCGAGAAGCUCAUUCAGUUCCUCCAGGCCUCAGUGAAGGAUCGGAGACGUAAGGGGACAUUUUAUGUGUCCCAGGUGGUUCUCACACCCAAAGCGAGUACCGUCAUGAAGGGAGUGACCAGCGGACUGAGGGAGACCAUUACUGAGAGGGCUCUUCCUAGCAUGAUGCAGUGGAUCCGCUCUCAGCGACCCGGAGAAAGCGGAGUUAACAUCAUCACGGCCGACUUUGUGGAGCUGGGCGAAUUCAUCAGCGCCGUCAUCACCCUCAACUACUAUAUGGACGAUGAAGAAGAGAACGCCACCUGAAUCUCCGAAUUUCCCAACUCGCUUGUGGUAUCAAAUACACUCGCUCCUUUUCUAUUUGCCUUGUUAUGUUUUGUUUUCAUUAAGUUUUUGAAACAUAGAAGCUCUGUUCGUCUCUGACAUUUUAGAGCUAAUAAAAACCGCGAGGAUAAGGGUAGAGCGCACACACGGUCGGGUGGAUUUAUUUCAGGCGUCGAGGAAAAAAUCCGAAGAGUGGUUUUAUUUAUUCUGGGCAAAAAGAUGACUGGGCUUUUUCCCUUGUUUCUCUGCUUCCCAUUUGUUGCACAACUAGUCACUCGCUCGAAACACACGUUUCCGAAUUCUGCUUUCAAUCAAAGUAACAAUAACUCAUUUCAUGGGAAAUAAAUAUUAUUUGUACAGUGAAUGUGACUCUAUAGUAGCUUUAUUUCUAGUGGUAAUAGUAAUUUGUAUAAUUGUCAAGUUGUAAAUACCUGUUAAAAAGUAACUUUGCUUACUACUGUACUUGUCACGCUCAAACAUGCAGUACGAUUUAAGGGGCCUCGUCUGGUCUUACAACGUUGAACUUGUAUUGAACUAUUAGAUGUUUGUUUGUAUUCACAACCAAAAAUCGCAAAUGUAUGUUUAACAGCAUUUUUGCCAUUUUCAGUACUAAUAAUUGAGGCUUUGUAUCAAAUUUUUGUAGUAGUGCUUUACUUUUUUAACUAAUCUUUUUGUAUCCAUGAAGAAAAUACAUAUUUGCAUAUAGUACACUGCUGUGACUGUUAAUAAGCAGCCAAUUUAGGCCGGUUUAAUCCAAAUGCAGGAAAGCAGUAGCCAUCAUUUAGUGUUGUAAAACCCAAAAAAUUUCACCUCUUAAAGUGUACAAUUGGCAUUGUAAUGUAAAGUAAACAUUCAUGAAUAAACACUUACUUAAUGGUUUAUGUGGACUAUUUAUAUACAUAUUUUAUUUCCCAUAUGCCAAAUAAUCACAUUAUUGAACAAUGUGACUAAUUCUCAUAGAUCCCUGUCUUCUUGGUAUUUCUAUUAGGAUUAGUCCUAAUAAGCUGAAUAGGUGACAUGUUGCAUAUCAGCAAACUCAGUUUGGGCACUCGAAAGGUUUGCAGCAUCAUUUAUUUACAUCAAUGUUAAACUCAUGUUGAUUAAUAUGACAAUCCCACAGGCAAUCGUGAGCAUGGACUUGAGUGUAAAUGCAUUUAUCAUGCCUUUGUACAGUAUAAUUUGCAUGUAGGUCGAUAAAUUGUACGUAAACUUUCCAUGGUUGUAUGUCUUAGUCUAACAUUUCAUGACGAAUCUGGUGUACAAUAAAUGUAAAUACUGCAUCUAAA